GUGCAUAAAAAGAGAUCUACGUCCUCUAGGAGUAUUUCACGUAGUUAAUUUCGAUACUGGUAUAUUUACAGCUGAUAUAUAUUCCUUACUCUGUUUUGAGAUACGCACUGACGGCCUGCUUCACAACGAAAUCGGAUUCAGCCAAAUAGUCUCAAGAUGUCACAGCACGUAUUGCCUCGCCCUGAAGACCCAGCAAGGACGCGGGUCAUUAUCGUCGGCGCGGGACUUGGUGGGCUAGCCUGCGCUAUGGCCAUGCAUUAUGCAGGCUUCGAAGUCAUCGUCUUCGAAAAAGUACGCGAAUUCCUACGUCUAGGCGACUCACUUGGUUUGGGAGAGAAUGCGCUUAAGCUUUUGAAACGAUGGGGCUUGUAUGAAGAAUUGAUUGCAAUUGGGAAUAAGAAUCCUGUCAUGAAUAUUAGACGUUGGGAUAACGGGGGGAUAAUGGCGACACAGCCGCUUAUGGAUAUGGCAGGCUACAUCGGACACCGAGGCGAUUAUCACGUCGCUUUCAUUAACCGAGUAAAGCAGCUAGGAAUACCAAUCAACAUGGGCCACGAGGUGGUUUCUUUUGACGAGGACGCACCGAGUGUCACACUCAGGGACGGGAGGACAUUCUAUGCAGACUUGAUUGCUGGAGCCGACGGCAUCAAAUCCAGAGCUAGAGAACUCGUACUCGGUUUCAGUGAUGCACCCAAGAGUUCCGGCUAUGCCUGCUAUCGAUCAUAUUUCAAAGGUGAAAUCCUCAAAGACGUGCCAGAAUGUCAACAAUACCUGAAGGAAGAUUGCGUGAAUAUAUGGAUUGGGGAAGAUAAACACCUCGUCCAAAAUACACUCCGUGACGGAGAAGAGUUCAACUGGAUUAUCACCCACAAGGACACCGAGGACAUAAAAGAAAGCUGGUUCCAGCCGGGAAACAUGGAUGAUGUGCGCCAACUUGUGCAAGGUUGGGACGAAUCAAUUGCGUCAGCGGUUAGAGCCACUCCGAGCUGCCUUGAUUGGAAGAUAUGUUAUAGAGCUCCAUUACCGACAUGGGUAAGUAAGAGUGGUAAGAUCGCUUUGUUGGGUGACAGUUGCCAUCCACAUCUUCCAACUAGUGCUCAGGGAGCUUCGCAAGCAACAGAGAGUUCGGCAGUACUGGCAUUGUGCAUGAAAUUAGCUGGAAAGGGCAAUGUGGCAUUGGCAACCAGGGUGUAUGAAAAGUUGCGGUUUGACCGAGUGCGACAGUCACAGUUAUCCGGCGAAGAUCUACGUAAUAGGUGGCACAAUGCAUUGAAGCACAUGCAGGAUGGCGAGGAGUUUGAUCCAGACGACAUAAAGAUUAAAAAUCGAUGGUUAUAUCCGUACGACGCCGAGGAAGAUACAAGGGCUCGGUGGAACGAAGUCAGUUCGAAGGUACAUAAAGAGCUUGAUUCAGGUAUAAGAACACCGCUCUUUGGCGAAGAUGGGCCUCCUCGGAUCCUGACUGUACGAGACGCAUAUGGGAAGGUCAAAGAUGUAGCACAAAGCCAGAGCUCAUUGCUUACCAGUUUGACUGUCUAACGAAAGGAGCAGAAAUCCCCUGCUGAGACGGUUGUCUUUGCCUUUUCCAAGUAUGUAGAUUCCUGUAUAUAGCAACGUCCAAUCUAAUGCCAGAUGAGAUAUGUGCUCUC